AUGUCAACCUGCCCACUCCGCGCUGGAAACUUCAUCCACGCCACCGAAAGGACAGUCGAAGCACCUCCAAUCUGGCAACGCUUCUCACUCCAUGGGAAGACCGCUAUAGUGACAGGGGCCGCUUCCGGGAUCGGCUGGAGUGUUGCACAGGCAUUCGCUGAAAUGGGUGCGAAUGUUGCGAUAUGGUACAAAAGUAGCACAAAGGGGGAAGCUCAGGCGGAAUAUAUUGAGAGGAAAUAUGGAGUGAAAUGCAAGGCCUAUCAAGUCGACGUCCAGAAUGCCGCUGCCGUCCAGGAAGCAGUCGACCAACAAGUCCGCGAAUUCAACGGCCGUCUAGACAUAUUCGUCGCCAACGCCGGAAUUCCCUGGACACAGGGGGCUAUGGUAGACGGCGACCUGGAGCAUUACCAUCAAGUAAUCACCACCGAUCUUGAUGGACCGUAUUACUGCGCUAGAGCCGCAGCAAAGCACUGGCGAAGACAGAAAGAGCUAGGCACUGAUUUGAAUGGCCAAAAACUCGAGAACUAUUCCUCGGGUAGCUUCAUUGCGACGGCGAGUAUGAGUGGCGUAAUCGUGAAUAUCCCUCAGUUGCAGGCAUCGUAUAAUGCGGCGAAGGCGGGUGUAAUCCACCUGUGUAAGAGUCUGGCGGUGGAGUGGGCGAAAUACGCCAGGGCGAAUUCGGUUUCGCCGGGGUAUAUAAUUACCGAGAUUUCGAAUUUUGUGCCGCAGGAGACAAAGGAUAUUUGGAAGGAUAAAAUUCCACUUGGACGUGAGGGUGAGAGCCACGAACUUCAGGGGGCCUUUUUAUACCUCGCUUCAGACGCAGCAACAUACACGACUGGAGCAAACCUACUAGUUGACGGUGGAUACUGUUUGCCAUAG